AGCAGCUAUAAUCAUCACCAGAAGCGAAAAUGGAGCGAGGACAAGUUAAAUCAAGAAUUCCAACAGGAUCAAGGAUUCCCAGAAGCUCAUGGGCCAGUCAGGAGACUGGAGUUAGGCCGGAAAAACAUCGUUCUUCAAACAAAGGUCUUGAGAAUGCAAGCGAAAUAUGGUUUUUGAACUACAAUGACCCGAACGUUGAGAGGAUUGAGGACGAAACUCCGCCGAUGCUGGUACCUAGUGAUAUCCAGCUAUCGUAUGGGGAUUUCAUUGAUUCGAAUACAGAGUGGAUCGAGGAUAUAACUCCGCCGCAGCUCGUUCCUAGUGAUAUCCAGGUAUGGUUUGGGAAUUUAAUUGAUUCGAAUGCAGAGUUGAUCGAGGAUAUAACUCCGCCGCAGCUCGUUCCCAGUGACACACAUCUGGAGGAUGACAUCGAUGAUGUGUGUGACUGGGAACCAGGAGAUAUUUCAGAGAUCAAUUAUGCAAUUUUUAAGCGGAUAAAAGCUGAGAGAGAUCUCUGCAAAAUGAAGGCGGAGAACGAAAAACUUCAGCAGGAAAAUCAGCGACUGAAGGCAAAAACAGGCGUAAGCCUAAUAAGUCGAUGCUGCUUCCGGUUCCUACUGUUCAUGGUGGGCGAGGUGGCGGAAUCGAUUUUCAGCUCAUUUUAAAUUAAUCGUAUGAACUAAAUGUGGUGGUGGAUGUUUGUGUGUGUUAUGUUUGGCUUUCUUCUUGUUGCAAGUUGUUAUUUUGUUUUGUUCUGUUUUCGUUAUACCAUUCUAUGUAGCAAAUUUUACUUCAGCUUUUGUUAUACGUUUAGUUGAUUUUUAUGCGUUUGUUUUCAUGUUCAUAUUUAUGUUUUGUUUUCAUGUUAGCAUUUUUGUUGUUAUGCUAUUUGCAUUGGGUUU